AUGAACGCAGGCGUUUUGAGAUGGACCCCGUGCGCUGUGCUCCAGCGCCAGGCUUUGCCGCGGCAAGCAGUUGGAGGCCUGCCUGAAGACAGGGCUGCUGCCACCAGGGCCCAGGCGCGAGAGCCCACAGCGCCUGGUUGGCGAGGCCUCGCAGCUCCCAGCCUUGCCUUUGGGUUGGGCCUGGCGCGUGCACAGAGGCAGCGCCUAAGCCGGCAGACUGCAAGAUACAGCACUGGCCCGGAGGCGCUGAAACCGCCGCAGCCCAACGUGAUGCAGCGCACAGCGACGCGAGGUGAGAAGGCUGCAGAGCUGGCCAAGAAGGCCAAAGACUUGCCGCCCCCGUCCCGCAGCAUCACCAUGGAUGAUGUAGACCUCCAGUUCUCCCGCAGCAGCGGGCCAGGAGGACAGAAUGUCAACAAGGUCGAGACCAGGGUGCAAGCUAGCUUCGACGUGGAUACGGCCAGGUUUUUGCCUCAGUGGGUGAAGGACAACCUCCGCAAGCAGGAGGCAAAUCGAUUUAACAAGAAGGGCAUUCUGGUGGUCUCCGCGGAGGAGCAGCGAACAAAGCAUGACAACCUUCGAAUAGCAAUGCAAAAGCUGCAAGCGAUGAUCGACCAGGCGGCCUUCAAGCAAAAGAUGCCGGAUCAGAAGAAGGUCCAGAAAAUGCGGCGGACAAAGAAGGCUGCCAAUGAGAAGCGGCUGCAGGACAAGAAGUUCAAGAGCCAAGCCAUUCAGAAGAGGAGCGCGGUUCGCGCUUUGCAGUUGAUGAGAUUCUGCAGCUUUGAGGCAUUGCUGGAGCGUUUCCGGCAAAUUUCAGACAAGGGCGUGCUGCUUUUCUCCGGCGGGCCUGAAAUGACGCGGCACGACACGGACCAUGAGGACCUUUUUCGGCAAGAGAGCACGUUCCACUAUCUCUUCGGCGUGCGAGAGCCUGGCUACAUGGGCACCUUGGACCUGGAGUCCGGGAGUGCCACGCUUUUCGCUCCGCGACUUCCGGCAGAGUACGAACUUUGGAUGGGCAAGAUCGCAGACGUGGACACCUUACAGGAGCACUACGGUGUGGAUGAAGUGGUUUACGUUGACGAGAUCGCGGCCUGGUUCCAGCGCCGGGCACCAACAAAAGUCUACAUCCAGCGAGGCAGAAAUUCAGAUAGCGGCAGCGAGGUGGCACCUGCCAGCUUCGAUGGCCUCAGCAACUAUGAUGUAGACGAAGAACUGCUUCACCCCGUCGUUUACGAGACACGUGCUCGAAAGAACGAGGAGGAGUUGAGGCUUCUCCGGUAUGUGAACCGGAUUUCUGCAGAUGCACACAUCGGAAUGAUGCGGCAAGCACGGCCAGGGCUGAUGGAGUACCAGCUGGAAAGCACCUUUGCCUACUCGUGCCACUACAACGGAGGUUGCCGCUUGCUGUCCUACACUCCGAUUGCGGGCUCGGGCCCGAACUCGGCAGUUUUGCACUAUGGUCAUGCUGGUGCCCCCAAUGAUCGAAGGCUGGAGGACGGCGACAUCGUUCUUUGUGACAUGGGCUGCGAGUACUACUGCUACGCUUCCGACAUCACCAAUUCCUUUCCUGCAACUGGCACCUUCUCCAAAGAUCAGCGCCUCAUCUUCGAGACCGUAGCAGCCAUGCAGUUUGCUGUCCUGAGCUCCAUGAAGCCUGGUGUGGCAUGGGUUGAUAUGCACGAGCUCGCGUACCGCGUAAUGUGCGAGAAGCUCACAGCUGCCGGCUUGCUGGUGGGCGACGUGGACGAAAUGAUGGCAGCCAAUGUGGGUGGUGUGCUGAUGCCUCAUGGCCUCGGCCAUUUCCUGGGAAUCGACACCCAUGAUGUGGGCGGCUAUCCGGAAGGUGCUCAGCGUGACACCCGGGAUGGCUUCAAGUCUUUGCGGUGUCAGCGGGUCUUGGAGCCUGGCUUCGUGUUGACGGUUGAGCCCGGAGUCUACUUCGUGGAUUAUUCCCUGCGGAAGGCAAAGGAAGACCCUGAACUCAGCAAGUUCUUCAACUGGGACCGCAUUGCGGAGUUCGAGAACUUUGGCGGCAUCCGGCUGGAGGACAAUGUUCUGGUGACCGACGAUGGCAUUGAAAACUUUACUGUCGCGCCCAGGACAGUCGAGGAGGUUGAGGCAGUAAUGCGCGGCGAGAUUGCGGACGCCGCUGCGCUGAUGGCAUGGAGGCAUGAGCAGGAGGAGCAAGUGACGGAGCAGGAGGAGGAAGUGUACGGCCACUCUGCCACGUUAGUGGGCAACACCGUCUGGGUGCUUGGGGGCAAGAACCAAGCUGGCAAGCGCCUCAGCGUGCAUUGCUUCUGCCCGAAAGCCCUGACAUGGUCCAAACGCACCCCUGCCGACAACAGCCAUGCGCCUUCAAAGCGCUGGGGGCACUCGGUGUGCGAAGUCACCGGAAAAAUGCUCAUUGUGGUGGGAGGCUUUGACAGCAAGCACAACUUGCGAGAUAGCUGGGUUCUGGACACAACGCAGGAUGCGAGCUUUGCUGAUGUGUGCGAUGACUUGCCGGUCUUUGGCGCGUACCAUUCGGUGGUGUUCCACAAGAGGAAGGAGCGAGUCAUCCUGUUUGGAGGCCAAUGCUGCGUCAAUGGUGCGUACGAAUACUUUCAGGAUGUUUAUGUGCUUCACUUUCAACAUGAAGCGGAUGAAGAUCUGGAAGGCUGGGUCCAUGCGCGAGUGCGGGGCCCAAAGCCCGAGGCCAGGGCACAGCACAGUGCAGUUUUGGCCGGGGCUGGGAUGAUCAUCUAUGGCGGGGCCAAUGCCACAAGGCAGUUCAACGACCUUUGGACGUUCGAUUUGCUGGACCACAUGUGGACGCGGCUGCCGCCCGAAGGGCCUGCACCCCCCGUGGAGACGCAGAUCGAGCCACAGGCCUUCCGAGUGAGGUCCUGCCGCAGCAUCUUUCUGUGCCGCAACAUGCAGCUGUUAGUGUUGGGCCGAGCGCCACCGCCAGCCUUUUCCAAGUACAGCCUUCAUGUGUAUGACCUGAAGUCUCUUCAGUGGCGUCCGGCGCCCAUGCACCGGAGCGCCGAUUGGCGGGGCAACGCAGCUGGCUGGGUCUGGGGCGACGAGCUUUGGGUCCACGGCGGGCACCACGACAGCAACGAGCCGCAGAACAUCCUACUGCCAUUGCUCACUGGGCCCAGCAAGCUGCUGCGGCGCACCGUGCAGAGCAUUUCUGCUUUGCCCCAUGAGAACCUGAAGCUGAUCUUCAGCUUUAUCUCUGGAUCGGUGGAGGCCUGCCUCUUUUAG